AUGGCCCUCAAUCAAUUGGUAGAUGAUGUUGUGUACUUAGGCAAGAACUUCCAAGAUUAUGUCAGCCUAGAGCCCUCCUUAUAUAAGGCAUUGGCACUGAUUGCCUUUAACCCCAUAUUCUGGAACAUAGCUGCCAGAUUGGAAUACAAUACUCAUAUCUUGACCAAGUUGGCGUUUGGAAACCGUAAAUGGGGUUGUUACAUCUUAGCAGCCACUAUAUUCUCUCUUGGAAUUGUUAGAGAUGAGAUUUACUAUGCUGCCUUGAAAGAUCAACCCACUUAUGCGCCAUUUGCUGAGUCUACAUUGAUCAAAGUGAUUGCUGCUGGUGUUUUUGGGUUUGGAAAUAUCUUAGUAUUGACUUCUAUGUGGGCAUUGGGAGUUACUGGGACCUAUUUAGGUGAUUACUUUGGAAUCUUGAUGAACGAGAGAGUCACAGGGUUCCCUUUUAAUUUCAACGAUAACCCAAUGUACAAUGGAUCCACGCUCUGUUUCUUGGGAACUUCAUUGUGGUUCGGAAAACCAACAGGUCUUUUGGUAACUGUGUUUGUGUUUUUCAUGUACAAGAUUGCUUUAAUGUUUGAAGAACCGUUCACUGCUAAGAUUUACGCCAACAGAGCAAAGAAGGAAACUUAA